AUGCAUCGCCGGUACGGAAACGGCCUGUCUGGCGAGAGACUAACGAUGCACGAAUAUUCGCGCGCACCCGCGACCCACGGUCGCAAGCGAGUGUACGGUUUAUUUUCAAUACGGCCGUCUGUUUACGGACCGCGCCGGAGCCGGGCCCGCUAUAAUGUAAGCGGCGCAAGACAACGUGCGUUUUCCCUCAAGGUGUUUGCGAUGUGGUAUCCGUGGAUCGCGUUGCUGGUGUCGUGUGCACUGGGGGCGGAGACAGAAGGCCAGGUGGCCACCACCACUCGGGCCCCGCCACGCACCCUCGACCGACAGGCUGGCGAGCUCGCUUGGCGCUCCUGGCUUCAGAGCUCGGAGGACGGCAAUCAGAACAGCCCACCUAGACGCAUCACGACCAAGUCACUGUUCAUCACUCCAUUAGUCUGCCCCAAAGGACAUCGCCUCGAUGGAACUGCUUGUGUUCAGGUGGUCACGGUAAGCAAAGAUGAGCACGAACGCAUCUUGUUAGACCAACUUAACGCCCUGUUUACUGCAGCUCCUAAUAAUGGCGAAGUCUAUGAUUACGGCGACAUAGACCCAGGCCCACUACAAUUAUCUAUCCCUAUUGGCCUAGACCCACAGAGCUCACCUCAAGAUCCAUCUACACAGACUCAGGAUCUGCAACCUAACUUUGUCAAAAAAGGAGAAAAUUCUGAUGCCAGUAUAGAAGCUGAGCUUGAACUACUUAAACUGCAGCAAGCUCACGCUAAGCUAAACGGUACUGUACCACAAGGCGCCAAUAUUUUAUCUCAUAAUGUACUUCAGAACUUGCUAUCGUAUUCGGAUAAACCUAAACGAGACAGUCCCAUGGUCAAUGAUAGUGAGAGCGAAACAUCAAAUAUAACAGACGAGGGACAGAAGGAAUUGGUAUUCGGUCAUGUUAAUGUCGACCCUGUUAUUUAUGAUACUGAUAGCCAAUACAAUCAGGAUAUACUAACAGAAUCUGAAACCAAAAAAUCUAUUGAUGACAAAAACAAACCACAAAUGAAUGAACAGAGUAAUGUAUCGCAUAUAAACAAUACAGACGUUGACAAUUCUGAAUCAACAGAAAAAGUCUUAAAGAAGGACGCUGACAAUACUAAACUUAAUCCGGAAAUUGAUUAUUCGGAUAUUGGAGAGGCUAUCAAACUUAUUAGCAGAUAUGCUGAAGUAUCGACAGAUGACAAUUUUACCAAAGAUGAUAAAAAGCUCCCUCCUUUAGAAGACAGUAUAUUAGGCACACGAACUAAGCUUCAAUACCGACGUAAUAGACCAAAGGGAGCUGAUAAGAAAACACCAGAAAUUCAAAAUUCAGAUGUUACAAAAGAGGCUAAUAAUGAUAAUCUUUACCCGAAGAAUAUUGUCUAUUAUAGAUAUCCUUGGCCAAGUGAUAACUCUGAGUUGUCCCACACAAACUAUCCACUCAAGCAUUUACAGGAUUAUUGGCCUGGACGUACUCAAAUUGGAGGUAUUUAUGCGCAUGAAAAUCCGCGACGUCAUCAUCAUUCAUAUCCUCAGUACUUUCAUCCUCGCAGUUAUAAUAUCGAGGGUUAUGCAGAAACGCGUUCUGGUCAAGAGAUUUAUCCCGGACUUCGGCGAUACUCGCACAAUAUUGCAAAUCGUGCAAGUCCUAUAAAAUCUCAUGCUAAUAACCAGGAUCUAUACAGCCUCCUCGGCUUAAGGCACUGGUUCAGCAGCGAAGGGGCUUCGAAAAGA